AUGGCCCGGCCGCCCCCGCUCUCGCUGCUCCUCGCCAUCGCCGCCUGUGCCGCGGCCGCCACCAGCGAAGUGAACUUGCUGGACACAGCAAUGAUCCCUGGGGACUGGGGCUGGCUGACCUACCCAUCGCACGGGUGGGAUUCGAUCAAUGAAAUGGAUGAAUUUUUCAGCCCUAUCCACACCUACCAGGUCUGUAAUGUCAUGACCCCGAACCAGAACAACUGGCUGCGCAGCAAUUGGGUCCAACGGGACGGUGCCCGUCGGGUUUAUGCUGAGAUCAAGUUCACCCUGCGGGACUGUAACAGUAUGCCAGGAGUGCUGGGCACCUGCAAAGAGACGUUCAACCUCUACUACCUGGAGUCUGACCGGGACCUGGGCACCAGCACCCGGGAGAGCCAGUUUGUGAAGAUCGAUACCAUAGCAGCCGACGAGAGCUUCACCAGCGUAGACCUGGGGGUCAGGCGGCUCAAGCUCAACACCGAGGUGCGGGGCGUGGGACCCCUGAGCAAGCGGGGCUUUUACCUGGCUUUCCAGGACAUCGGGGCCUGCAUUGCCAUCGUCUCCGUCCGGGUAUACUACAAGAAGUGCCCCGCGAUGGUCAGGAACCUGGCGUCCUUCUCCAAGGUGGUGACCGGGGCGGACUCCUCCUCCUUGGUGGAGGUGCGGGGCGAGUGUGUGAGGCACUCUGAGGAGAGAGACACCCCCAAAAUGUACUGCAGUGCGGAGGGGGAAUGGCUGGUACCCAUUGGGAAAUGUGUGUGCAGCGCCGGCUACCAAGAGCAGAGGGAUUCCUGUGUGGGCGCAGAGCUGGAGGAGCUGUUCUUUAGGAAAAGCUUCCCCCUUUCCCAGUUAGCAAAUCCGUCGUGA